AUAGCUAAAGUGGUAAUAGGAUAUCGUGGCAGGCAUUUUUCAGCAGGGCUAAGUUCAUCGCGUGAAACGUUUUAAUGGAAUAAGAGUGAGAUCAUAGAAGAGCUUCCGGUACGAUUCGGUUGUUUUUGAAUCGCGAGGGACCAAUCAUAAAUCGUGAUGUGAUUAUCUUCACAUUAUCACAUUGUUUGUUCGUGUGUCUUGAUUUGAGACGACCGCUGGCAUGGUAUGGACAGACAAUUCAACCUUGACUGACUGACACGAUCCAAGAGACGACUGCCAUGGAGGCAGGAGAGGUUCCUCCAGUUCUGAACCUAAAUCAGAACCCGGAGGUAAACAUGACCUCUUUUGCGGGCGUAGGGACGUCUUCUUUAUGUAUGGACACGACAAGUGAAGAAUUUGUUAUCGAUGUCAAGAAUGAAUCGCCAUAUUUCACCCUCGAUGAAAACUCCGCUGAUAUGGAAUACAUCUACAAAACUCCGUUGGAUGGAUCCAAUCCUCAUCUGAGUGAAACGGUUUCACACGAGGAGCUGGAAAGAAAGCUUCUUAGGCGCGAAAGAAACAAGGUAGCAGCUUCAAAAUGCAGACAGAAGCGAAAGGAACAUGUACGCAACUUGGUUCAGGCCUCGGACCAACUCGAAGCACAGAAUAGCACACUCCAAAGCCAGAUAUCCAAACUCCACGACGAGAUCAAACAGCUUGAAUUCAUGUUGGACUCACACAGCUGCUCGAGGCACAUGGCUGGUAACCAUGGAAAUAGCUGCAGCGACAAAUCACAAGUCCCGGAUGCUUCGUAACCAAGCCUCGGGAUGAGCUACACGAAUCGCGUGGUCAAGGAAUCCCCUGAAAGCCAUGGAAAGAAACACUCGCUGCACAAGGAAAAAUUUAAUCUACUUUGGGUUUCUUCCCGCAGCAAGAAAAUAUGUUUUCGCUUCAAAAUCUGCAAGAAUGUGUGCUUGAAAAAUUAUCAARCAAAGCAAAGACAAGCUGAAUUGCCGAAUUCAUUAAAAAACGUUCUGAUUGAUAGAAUGACCAAUUGACAUUUCCAUGGAAACACAAGUACAAGAUGUCGGUUUACAGCGCUUUUUUGCAGUGCAAAGCUUUUAAUAUUAACAGGUUAAAUAAUGCUAUUAAAAUGAAACAGCAUCUAGAAACAGAGAUGCUAUAUAAUGAUAUUAAGUACGUUAAGUUGUUCAACACUGGACCCAGUUUCUUUCACUAUGACAGUGGUUUAGAAAGGAGGUCGGAACGAAGCUACCAUUUGUCCAGUGGUCAACACAUUAACAAUAUAUUGAUAUGUAAGAAGGACCUUCUCUGAUGUUAUCUGCAUGUAUUUAUAUAUACUACAUAAUAAAAUUUCUCUCAAAAAAA